AUGUUAGUCGAUUCCACUAUUUUCGCGGACAAGACGUUUACACUUGUCGAGGCACGAUACCUCUCACCGUUUAUAGACUUGGAUGGCUUAUCAGGAUACAGUUGGGGAGUAGCUGCGUUGGUUACUCUUUACAGAUAUCUCGGAGAUGCUUCCAUGUUCAGCUGUAAGCAGCUUGGUGGUUAUCCGACUCUCCUACAGUUCUGGAUUCAUGAGUAUUUUCCAACACUUGGAAAAAAGGAGAGAAUCGGAUACCAGCUAAUAAUGUGGGUCUCCCUCGAGCGAUGA